GGGAGUAAAGAUCACAAUUCUUUCCAUUCAACACAAGAAUUUGAACAUGAUGACAUCUCUAAACUUUGUCUUCUAUCUGACGUGUUUGUUCUUGGGGAAAAUGGCUCAUACGAUUGAUCUGAAAAGGUCCUCAUCUGUUCGUCAAGAACUACGUUUUGUAUCAGCUAAUGUUGGAGACAAGGUGACUUUGCAAUGUUUCUAUGAAGGUGAUGAAGCUGCAUGGCUUUUCUGGUACAAACAAACUCUGGGACAAAAACCGAAGCUCAUCUCUUCAAAGUAUACGUUCGAUAUAAAAAGCUCUUUUUCUCAUGAAUUCAAGAACAAUUCACGCUUCACUCUGGAUACUAAAAACAGUGCAUAUGACUUGAACAUUUCUGAUUUGCAAAUAUCAGACUCAGCUACUUAUUUCUGUGCAACUGGCUCUACGUUUAUCUUGAAAUUUGCAGAAGGGACUAUUAUCCAUGUAAAGGGUUCAGGUUUGAAUGUUCCAGCUUUUAUCCAUCAGUCAGCAUCUGAGACCGUCCAGCCAGGAGGCUCUGUGACUCUGAACUGUACAGUCCACACUGGGACCUGUGAGGGAGAACACAGUGUUUACUGGUUCAAGAACUCUGAAGAAUCGCCACCAGGACUCAUUUACACACAUGGAGGCAGGAAUGAUCAGUGUGAGAGAAACACAAAAACACAAACCUGUGUCUACAACCUUCCAAUGAAGAGUCUGAAUCUGUCUCAUGCUGGGACCUACUACUGUGCUGUUGCAUCAUGUGGACACAUACUGUUUGGAGACGGGACCAAGCUGGACUUUAAAGAAGAGGUGCACUCUUUAUUCUUGGUGUAUGUCCUGAGUGGAGCUUUGACUUUAACCACCAUCCUGGUUGUGUUACUGGCUCUCUCAUUGUACAAGAUGACCAAGAGAAACAGCUGCCAGUGUACAGAUUCUCAAACCAGAUCAUCAGCUCCCUCCACUACAAAUGCAGAGAGUAACAGAAACGGAGACGACCUCCAUUAUGCUGCUUUGAGUGUAAACCUGCCCAACAGAUCCAGACGACAGAGGAGCAACACCAAUGAUGAAUGUGUUUACUCUGGUGUGAAGCUGUAGAACUGGACAUGUAACAUUUCUGUAUUUUCAAUUCUGGAUUUAGUUGUAUUUCAAGUGUGAUGUAGAUUAACAUGUAGAUUUUUGUUACAUUCAUGCCCGAUGCCAACAUGCAGUUCAAUGCAGGAAGAAGUGUGGCCUUUAUGUUGUGAGGUGAGGUUCGUCACGACGUUCUUGAUGUGUUUGAUUCAUAUUUGAUGUUUGUUUGGAUGCAUUAUUUGCAAUUCUGCCCAGCAUGUAUUCAUAAACUCAGUGUAAACUUGAUCCUGAGGAAUGUGUAUUUCAGGAACAAGACUUGUGUCGCCUCUGACCACUUGAGUAAGAUGUUGACUGGAUGACCAUAUAACUUGACCACAUAUAUUACAUCUUUGUUGACAACUUGACUGUGUAAGCACAAAGUUAAGCAACCUUCAAUGUACCAAAAUAACUAGCACCGUGCCACGACAAGUAUAUAAGUUUCAGUCUCUGUAACUAUUCAUUCCUUCUGAAGCAUGUCAGAAGUGAAUCUGACGUUGUGUGAAUUAAAUGCGCAUUGAACGAC